CUUCUGUCGCGUGUUGAGUUUAUCAUGUGAUUCACCCAGUUCCUGGAACACUACGGACUUCUGCUCUAUGAUGUCGGACAUGGCGCUGUAGUUUAUAAUACUGGAUACAAAGCAUGGACUCACUGUGCAAUUGUAACAAGGCUGUGCCUUGGAAAAUCGUUGUAACGUUACUUGUGUCGAUCACAACGGUCCUGGUUACAUUUCCCUCCGUUACAGCAGGCUCUGAUGUCAGCCUCUGGUACCAAGACCUCUGCAGGUAAGGCACCGCUCGCUCGCGCACUCAUGACAGUAAACAAGAGCGUAUAAAGCUUCUUAGCAAAUGGAAAGUGUAUUUAGCAACAAACGCAGCUUAUACAGUGCAUUUAGAUAAAUACAGUACACUGAUACAAAGUUUAUAUAUAUAUAUAUAUAUAGGGCCCCGUGUAGUUCAGUUGGUAGAGCAUGGCGCUUGCAACGCCAGUGUUGUGGGUUCGAUUCCCACGGGGGCCAGUAUGAAAAAAAUAAAAUGUAUGCACUCACUAACUGUAAGUCUGCUAAAUGACAAAAAUGUAACAAAAAUAUGUAUAUAUGUGUGUAGGUAUUAUUAUUAUUUUUACUAUUUUCCACAUUGUAGAAUAAUAGUGAAGACAUCAAAUCUUGAAGAAACUUUCAAAGUUCUUGAAAUUGUCCUUAUUGACUGACCUUCAUGUUUUAAGGUAAUGGACUGUUGUUUCUCUUUGCUAAUUUGAGCUGUUCUUGCCAUAAUAUGGACUUGGUCAUUUACCAAAUAAGGCUAUCUUCUGUAUACACACACACACAACACAACUGAUUGGCUCAAAUGCAUUAAGAAGGAACGAAAUUCCACAAAUUAACUUUUAACAAGGCACACCUGUUAAUUGAAAUGCAUUCCAGGUGACCACCUCAUGAAGCUGGUUGAGAGAAUGCCAAGAGUGUGCAAAGCUGUCAUCAAGGCAAAGGGUGGCUACUUUGAAGAAUCUAAAAUCUAAAAUAUAUUUUGAUUUGUUUAACACUUCUUUGGUUACUACAUGAUUCCAUAUGUGUUAUUUCAUAGUUUUGAUGUCUUCACUAUUCUACAAUGUAGAAAAUAGUAAAAAUAAAGAAAAACCCUUGAAUGAGUAGGUGUGUCCAAACUUUUGACUGGUACUGUUGUGUGUGUGUGUGUCGAAUGUUGAAUAAGAUUUUAUUUUGUUGAACGAUUGUCGGUGGUGUUGGUCCUUCAGCUGGUCGAAAUUAGACACAAAAUAUCCACAGGAAAGUAUUAUUAAAAUAACUUCAAAACGCGGGUCUAUUUGUGUGGCAAUCAAGAUGUUUGUUCAUGACCGAAGGCAGGUGCACAAGACGGAAGUACAUGCACGCCAUGCAUGCAUACAAACAGGUGUUUACAUGGUUUUUGGGGCGGCAGGUAGCUUAGUGGUUAAGAGCGUUGUGCCAGUAACCGAAAGGUCGCUGCUUCUAAUCCCCGAGCCGACUAGGUGAAAAAUCUGUCAUUGUGCCCUUGAGCAAGGCACUUAACCCUAAUAUUGCUCCUGUAAGUCGCUCUGGAUAAGAGCGUCUGCUAAAUGACUAAAAUGUAAAAUGUUUUGCGCAUGUGCCAGGUGAUAAAAUAUCCACAGGAAAGUAUUGUUUACCCAACUUUUUAGAGCGCCAGUAGGCCUACUGAAGUUAACAUUUCUGUCUCAAAUGUCGAGCAGCUGAAGGACAGCUGGUAGAGUAAGUUCAAAUGUAAUUUUAUUCAACAUUCUGACUUGUAAGGCAGAUUUCCACGAUUUUGCAGUGCAUUGUUUGACUGUAUCCAAGAUCCAAUUGGUAUUAAAAGUCUGAUUUUAUUACGCAACCGUAGCCCCUGGUCCAGUUUUGACGAGGCAGUUUGGAUAGAAAGGUGGUGUCUCUAGUCAGUUGGCUGAUCAGGGUGUUAUUAUGAGACACACUUUUUAUGUAUUUUGUAUUGUAUUUUGCAUUGUAUUAUGUAGUGUUAAGUGGUUGUCUCGCCUGGCUAUCUUCAGAUUAAUGCAGUAGCUGUGGGUCCCUCUGGAUGGGAGCGUCUGCUAAAUGACUAAAUUGUGAUGUAAAUGUAGUACUAUGUAUAUUAUGUGUUUUAUUUGUUGUGUUUUGAUUUCUGUUUGGACCCCAGGAAUAGUUUUUUCCCCUAGUUUGUGGACACAGACAACUAAACAGUAAAAUGUGUAUGCUUUAUGUAAACUUUGAGAUUGUGUGAAUGUUAACAAAUGCAUUUCUACAUGUGAUUUUUUUUUUUUCUUCUCUUCACUUUUGCUCCAGUUUCAAAUGGGAGGCUAUAGACCAGGACAGCAAAGUGAAAUACACACUGAAGCUCUGUGACUCCUCACCUAACACAGGAUGUGGGGCCGGUAGUGCUGUCUGUGCCCGCAACCUCACCAGUCAAAAUGAUCAGUCAGUGGGUGAGUAUAGUUAGGGACAGGAAUUUUCCCUGAUAGUGUGAUCUGGUCAGGACCAACUGGGCACAGGCCCUUGUAGCCCCUUAGAAGGCUCCAGAGUUUUUCCUGGUCUGGUAACUUAUGCUGAGGGAAAACUAUUGGCCCUAAGCAAGGCUCUAAAUUAUCUUUUUUCAUUGGUAGCACUGGAGCUCCUAACUUUAAAAGUAAGGCGCACCAGACAAAAUUUAGGAGCACCAGAAAAAAAUACGACUUUUUUACUGCAAAUGACUGUCCUAUCAUUCUUAAUUGUCAUCAGUUGUUACCUUGAUUAUGUAGAACGCAUCACUAGAGAUUGGGCAAGACAUUAGAAUAAAAACACAUUUUAAUAAUUGUAUUCAAAAGUGCAACAGCAACCAUUUUUAUAUAGGUGAUUAAAACAUAACCUUUAUCCUAUUUAAAAGUGCAACUGUAAACUGUUAUCCAUUACUGCAUUCAGAUAAUCUUAAUAAUAAUAAUAAAAAUAACAAUACAAAACUGUAAUAAUAUUAAUGUUGUAACAAGGAAACAUGCUGACAGAACUGAUACUUGGAUAAUUAAAUAAAUGUUUAGUCUCUCCUCAGAAUAACUAAUACAUUUAUUUGAUCUAGAAUCUAGCUAAUAAUUCAACUUCCCGGAUAGUGUCCGCGAUGGUACCAAUAAUGUUUGCGCAGGACACUUUCCAUAUGUCAGGUUGAUUUUUAAUCCAUCAUUUUUCUGGGUGAGUAACAUGGGUAUGAAUUUCAUAAAAGCCAUCUCCUCUUUGGCAAUGCAGUAAGAUGUGUUAAAUUGAAUCUCUAUCUCAAUGAGCUCUGCCUGUUGACCGGUUUGGGCUGCCACCAGUUUCAUGUCAAAUACGGCUGCCUGAUAGUGAUGUUGCUACCGCCAAAAUUCGUCGCACUUUAAAGCCCUGGCCCAAAGUCUAGUACAGGGCUCUGCCUCUGUCAGGAGGAUGUGCUGAGGGUUCAUUAAGUGAGGUUGGCAUCUGAUGAGCUGCCCUGCUGAUAAGGCAGAAUGUUUUGCUGCUGGAAAAUAGAUCACUGUUGUGGAUUCUGCUGUCAGGACACAGUGGGGGUCAGCAGUAGCAACAUGAACACCUUGUAAUGAGGGGCCUUAAAGGCUUCCAGUCAGAUGUCAGUCAAGUCAAUGCCCAUUGAUUCAGUUUAUUUGUUUCACUGAAGUGUCGGUUUAAUGCUGUUGCGUAAAGACACAAUUUGUGAUAAAGGACUAAGUUUGGGUAAUGGUUAUAUGUCAAGAGUAAGGUCUGGUCAGUCAAAACAAGACUUAAAAGGUAGGCUACCUUUUACUGGGAGUUUAUCUUAUCAGACUGAUCCUCAAUGAUGACACAGGCUUUUCCUGUAGUAUUUGUAAGGAAUGUCAUAAAAUCCCCAAACUGAAAACACAGGAGCCUUAUCCUCAGCUUUUGCUGUAAACAGAGGAAGCAACGAUAUCAAACUAAUUGAAUCACACAGCUUGAUACUUGGUUUUGCUUCACUUUGGUCCUGAUGUAGCUAAGCAUUUCAGAGAAGUGGUUUUGCUCGUCAAAUAUAGGCUAGCUGUUUCAGCUAUAAAUCUUUUGUGGUUUACAUGGACUUACUCAUACAUUUUUUAAGCUCCAGUGAAUCUGUACGAAUGAAUAUACAUUGUAAGAAGACCGUGGCAGGGAACAGGGUUACUGGGCUAGACUAUUCCCGGGGCACUUGGUCAUGACCUUCGCUCAGUGACAAGUCAGUGUUAGGUCACUCUCAGGAAGAAACAGGCAUGAUUAAAGUCUACAUCAGAGAAAUGCCUACAGCUGGUAUGACACCAUGGUCUCAAUUCGACAAUCUCUCAGUGUGAGAGUAGGACAGGAAGGGGCUCUUCUGACGGAUCUAAUGCUGAUAACUACUGUAGCGACUAACCUGUCUUUUGUGUAGGAAUAAUCAGAGGUUAAAGGUGAACCAGAGCAGCUGCCUGUUCACAUGACUGUGACUUCAUGCUAUGGAACAUAGAAACACUGAUAAGCAUGGAACAGACAAUUUGCAUGCUUUGAAAUCCUCUCACACAGCUUUGCUCUGAAUUCCACCAGGCUGCUUCCAUGCAGGCAAUUGACCUUGCAUAAUAUGCGUUAAAACCUUCCAGAAAAGCACCAGGGAUGGACGGCUUUCACAUAUAAUUUUAUUUGAUAUUCUGGGACAAAGUAGUGCCCCUACUUACUCAAAUGACAACACAUGCCACUCAAUUCAGUGCUUCAGAGUUCCAUGUAUCAAACAGUUAUUUCAGUUGUAUUAAAACCAGGAAAAUCUGGAGAGUCCCCUGCAUAUUAGACCCAUACAUUUAAUAAAUUGAGACAAUAACAAAACUCAUUAGCAACAGAAUGGCAAAAGUAUUACCAGACUUUAUAAAUAUUACUCAAACAGGGUUUAUUAAAAAUAGACACAAACAAAUACAUGAUUUAGUAUAAUACAAUAUGCUAAAAAACAAGAUGUACAUUUAUCAAUAAUGGCUCUUAAUGCCGAAAAGGCUUCGCCCGUCUUGAGUGGACUUUUCUAUUCAGAACUUUGGAAGCAUUAAACUUUCCAGCUGAAAUAAUCCGUCAUAAAAAUAUUAUAUAAAUAUCCUAAAGCAAAAAUAUAUACAAAUAAUGCAUUAUCUGAUGAAGUUGCUUUAGAAAGGGGUACGAGGCAAUUGAACUGCUUGGAGAAAUAAUUAGACAGGACCCAAGCAUAACAGGUAUCAGUAUUGGUAAACAUGAAUAUAAACUAAACUUAUUUGCCGACGAUCUCCUGAUAUACCUGACUAAUAUUGAAAACUCAAUGCCCCCCCUUUUUAAAAGUAUUUUCGUAAUAGUCUAAAAUAUCAUGAUAAAAAAUGUACGUGAUUUUUUUGUUUAAAUAAUGGCAAUAAGAAAAAUAAUAACUCAUGAUCUACAGCAAUACUUUAAGUGGACCACAAAAAAUAUUAAAUACAUAGGAUGCUUAAUAAGUGACAACAAAUAUAUAAAGAUAACUUUAUUCCAUUACUCAACAACAUGAAAGCAGAUCUAAUUAAAUUGAAUAACCUCACGAUAAAUCUUACAGGUAGAACAAAUCUCUUUUAGAAUGGCAUGGCUCCCAAAGUUUUUAUAUCUAUUACCCCAUGAAGACAUUCUUUUAAAAAGUAUACUCGUCCAUAACAGACAUCAAAUGGGCAAAUAAAACUCAUAGAAUAAAUAGUAAAGUUUUGCAAGUGCCUAAAUCUGAGGGUGGUUUUAACCUUCCAGAUUUGGAAUUGUAUCAAUUCGCCACCCAAUACUUUUACUUGAGAUAUAUUGUUAAAUGCACUAAAGAUUAACGAUGCGUACAUAUUGAUGAUGCACAUGCUCAUCCCCAGAAUCUUUUACAUCUACAUUUUAGUCAUUUACAGUUAGUGAGUGCAUACAUUUUUCAUACUGGCCCCCCGUGGGAAACGAACCCACAACCCUGGCGUUGCAAGCACCAUGCUCUACCAACUGAGCCACAGGGGACCUUUUCACGUGUUUGUUUUCAAAGGAAGGAGCUAAGAUCAUUAACAACUUCAUAGUUAACAACAUGGAAGAAAUUGAACAGAUUCUACAAGAACCUAUAUCACUCCCUAAAAAACACACCCCUAUGGAACAAUCCUUGGAUAGCUUUUAUGAAUUCACCGAUAAAUUAUUCAUCGAUAAAUUGGCCCACAUGGAAAACUAAAGACAUAGAAACCGUAAAUGACAUGGUAAUAGGAAAUACAAUUUCCAUUACAGAUUUAAAAAGCAAUUUUGGACUGACCAAUGUAGACAUUUUCAGAUAUAUGUAACUUAAAGCUGCAAUAUGCAGCUUUUCGGGCGACUCCACCAAAUUCACAUAAAAGUGUGAGUUAUAGAUCUGUCAUUCUAAUUGAAAGCAAGUCUAAAAAGCGGUAUAUCUGUUCUAUGUGCACUAUUUCUAUGGUUCCCGUUCUUAAGUUUCGUUUUUGCGUCGUUUGUGUUCGGUUUUGAACACCAGCUAUAUUUCACAGCGGUUUAGAUGGUACAAUGAUUCUCUACACUAUACUUGCUUGUUUUGUCACAUAAACUGAAAUUAGGCGACCUAUUAGAAUUUUAGCAACCAGGAGAUGGUGGAGCGAUUUCUGCAUAGUGCACCUUUUAAAAGUUUUAUAUCAUGGUUUUGACCUGAAAGCUUUUGGACAUCAGAGCAAUGUUGAGGGACUCAGAUAAAGAUACUCAUAUGAUAGCUAAGACAUACAAAACCUUGCAGAGAGCCUAUCCAACUGACAAUCUCUUAGAAAAAAAUAUAAACUAUUGGAAUCAAGACUUAAAAAGAACUGAUAUAGGCGCAAGAUGCAGGGAGUGUUGGAACAUAACUAAUGAAAUGACAGUUAACGAAAAUGUAUGCUUAAUCCAGUAUAAACGAAUGUAUAGAAUUUAUUAUUCAAAUUCUACAGCACAACGGCAGAGUCAUGUCUUAAGUGUAAAACUAACAAGGACUCAAUAAUUCAUGCCUUCUGGGAGUGCAAUAAAGUCCAAAAAUGAUGGGCGUAGUUAGAAAGUUGGCUGUCAGAAGUUUUACAAUGCAAGUUUACUUUGAAUCCCCAUAGCUGCAUAUUUCAAGACAUGGCAUAUGAGGGUGCAGUGAGAAACCCAAUGGGGUGGACCAUACUUUUUUCGGCAAUGAUUUUGAAAAAACUUCUACUUAAAAAACUGGAAAUCAAAUGAUCUUCCAUCAUUACGGGGCUGUAGUGGAACAGGUUGAGCGCUUCAAGUUCCUUUGUGUCCACAUCACCAACGUACUAUCAUGGUCCAAACACACCAAGACAGUCGUGAAGAGGGCACGACAAAGCCUAUUCCCCCUCAGGAGACUGAAAAGAUUUGGCAUGGGUCCUCAGAUCCUCAAAAAAUUCUACAGAUGCACCAUCGAGAGCAUCCUGACUGGUUGCAUCACCGCCUGGUAUGGCAACUGCUUGGCCUCCGACCGCAAGGCACUACAGAGGGUAGUGCGUACGGCCCAGUACAUCACUGGGGCCAAGCUUCCUGCCAUCCAGGACCUCUAUACCAGGCGGUGUCAGAGGAAGGCCCUCAAAAUUGUCAAAGACUCCAGCCACCCUAGUCAUAGACUGUUCUCUCUGCUACCGCACGGCAAGCGGUACCGGAGUGCCAAGUCUAGGUCCAAAAGACUUCUCAACAGCUUCUACCCCCAAGCCAUAAGACUCCUGAACAGCUAAUCAUGGCUACCGUGACUAUUUGCACUGCCCCCCCCCACCCCAUCCUUUUUACGCUGCUGCUACUCUGUUAAUUAUUUAUGCAUAGUCACAUUAACUCUAUUUUUACUGUUAAAAAUAAAUGCACUGUUGGUUAAGGGCUGUAAGUAAGCAUUUCACUGUAAUGUCUGCACCUGUUGUAUUCGGCGCAUGUGACCAAUAAAAUUUGAUUUGAUUUGAUUCAUCAAAUGUAGUAUUAUUAUUUAAAUAUUGAAAAGGUGUGGACUUUGGAGAAAAAUUGAACAAUGCAAUUUGAGGGCAUAUGACAGAGUGCUACAAAUACUGGAAAGUUCCAGGGGAAGGAUGAGGGGGAGUGUCGUUGUGAGAUACGUGAUGUGUAUGCUUGCGGUGGCAACGUGGGUUUGAGCAGGUGUGAUAUCUUUGUUGAAAUUUGUGUGCGUCUGUUUGUCUUUUGUUUAUGUAUGGUUGUUAUUGUUUGAGAAAAAAUAUAUAAAUAAUAUCGUACAAAAAAAGAUUCUUCCAUGUCACCUCUAUUGUUUAGUAAUUUAUGUUACUGGGUCAGCUGAGUAGCAAUUUGUCAGCUCUAGGCACUGCUGAAUAGAUUUAAUUUAUGACACUGAAGAUAUAUGAGCGAAAAAGUAUGGUGCAGUGAGCAUGAAGGGGAUUACAAUGGAACUUGUGAGUGUGACAGUGUUCACUAACACAGCAGUGGAUACAGUCACUGCAAUCAAAAUACAGUACAAUCAAUAAAAGCUAAUAGCAGUGUGUUUAUGCAGUGCUAUCUGGGAAAAGCGGUAGAACAUUUUAGAUAGGCUAGUGAUGGGUACAUACAGCUUUGCAGUUGGUGCUGCCCCCUAAACCUCAUCACCUAUCCCUAAGAAGUAGUUUUCUGCUGUGAAAAGCAGUUAGUCCUUGCUGGAUUCUGCCCCUGGGAAACAGAAACUCCAGCCAAUGUGGUUCGAGGGGAAUAACUGGUUAUAUCUGGUCAUAAAGUUUCUCUCUGCUCUGUUCUCUCUCCGGUUGAAGUUUAGCUGUAACUGUAUGUAUGGAGCCUGCCCAGGGGCCAGGCUGUUGGCAGAGCAGACAGAGACGGGCAGUGUUGUCCAGUGGGUCACAUUCCCAUGCUGUUUAUCUCUCUGGACUGUACACGGCCAGACAGCUCGGCAGAAAAAUGUCCUCGACUACUAACCCUUCCUGACCCUGUGCCGUAAUGCUUUGACCCCACCACUGUAGGGAUAGUGGGAGUUGGUAGAGGCUUCAGAUUCAGUUGAAACCUGUAUUAAUCAUCCACUAGAAACCACUGGGAAAGUUCUGGGUUUUGGUGAACUGUUGAGUUUGUAUUGUAGGUAGUGCAAUGUUCAGUAUAGCCUACUGAAAUCCUUAAACAAUUAUAUUACUUCUUUCAGCAUUUGCAUGUUUAAGAGGUAUGUGUUUCUCACUCAUCCACUUCUAUUUUCAGGUGAUCUAUCCUUGAAGAAGGUGACUGGGCGCAGCGUGAUAGAUUUCAACAGCACUGAGAAGUGCCCAGGCAGUAGUGGGACUAAUGUCCAGAGCAGCAUCAGUUUCCAGUGUGGGAAGACUAUGGUAAGUCACCCAGUGACACCUGUCAUUACAAAUGAAGAGUAGUCAUGGAAAAUAUAUGUAUUGAAGGUUUCUUAUGAAUUUCCUGUCAAAUUAGACUUGUGGGUUUAGUUUGAGAAGAAUUUCACCGCAAAGCAUGUCUGUUCUUUGUCAGUCUGGUGGUGAAAUGAAACUGCAACCACUGUGGUGGUCUCUUUAUUGAACAUUUUAAGUUGUCUCUAGGAACAGAACAAUGAAUUAAACAUUUAUAUUAAGUAGCAUAUAGUGAUGUAAUAUCUUUAUAAAAAAGAAUACCAGGCCUGCCUGUUGAUAAGCAGUUGUGUGUAUUGACAGUGAUCAUAGCUGGAACGGUAGCUUUGCAACUGAACAAACACAAUAAUGGUGGUAGUCCAGUUCCUCAAGUAGUGACUUCCUUGUAUGUCAUCACACAUAUUGUAGCAGAGAGGAGAUGAAACUGUCAUGUCAUAUGUCAACUAAAAUGUUUUUGCUCUUACCCCCAGGGAACACCAGAGUUUGUUACUGUGGCCCAGUGUGUUCAUUACUUUGAAUGGAGAACAUAUGCAGCCUGCAAAAAGGAUAAAUACAAGCCCAAUAAAGAGGUAUGUCUGAAUAGUGAAGUGCAGCUGACACAGCAGGAUGUGUGUGUGUGUCUCACCUCUUUGAAUGCAGGCAUGCGUGUGUGUGUGUGUGUGUGUGUGAGGCCGCAGUGGUCCCCCUGUGUUGGGGGAGGUGAGUCUGAGAUUUUCCACACUGGAGAAUGUGCCUGUCACAUAGUCCCAUGAGUUCUCAGAAAGUCACUCGCUGUCUCUUGUGUAGAGAAAAUAAUAAAUAGAAUAAAGGAAAUGUGUUUUCAUUGAAAUGUCAACUCAUAUUGGACAUCAGUUACAGUAUGUACCGAAACACACUGAAAGUAGAAGACCAAUCCUGUCAUGUUGUAAUUCUACCUUUUUAACUCUGUUUAGGUCCCAUGCUAUGUCUUUGACACGGAUGGGAAAAAGCAUGAUCUGAACCCACUCAUCAAACUCACAGAUGGUUACCUGGUGGAUGACUCCGAUGAUGAAGUUGACUUUUAUAUUAACAUAUGCAGAAGCCUAAGUAAGUUUCUUUAAUAGUAUUAAUUGUCUUAUGAUUGAUUGAAGAUGUUAGUGCCAGUGGUUUUUCUUAUUGCUUCGUAUUGUGACAAAAAUGGCUCUGCUUCCUCCCCAGACCGACCAGAGAGCCCCUGCCCCGCGAGCUCUGCUGCCUGCCUGACCACCAGCAAGGGCUCCUUCAGCAUGGGCCUACCCACUACCCAGCUAGAGCUGGCCUUCAGUGACAGGUAUAGCCAUGCUAACGCUAACCUCUCCACACACAAACACAGGCCAUGCUAAUCGCUAGCUAGCAUCCUCUGUCUCUAGUCUACCUCAAGCUUGAUAAUUGCUGUGCGACCUUCAUGCUGACCUCUUGGUUAUCGACCAGCUCCAGAGCUGCAUUGCCUUACUGAACGGCUGAUUUUUCUCUCUCUUUCUCACCGUGCCAGAUUGAGGCUGCGAUACGAGGGAGCCUCGGACAGCCCGCCGGACUUCUGCAGCGGCCACACCCCUGCUGUCACUAUCACCUUCAUCUGCCCUUCACGCAGGCAGGAGGUAAUAGAGACCUGGGUGUCUGUCCCAUGGAUCCACCAUUGAUCAAACCAUACUAUUCAUCAUACUGCAGAAAGUAUUUUUAUAUAGAAUAGUGGUAAUUCAUCAAAUAGAAGUAUGCUCCAUGUCAACCUACACUUUAACACUUUGGAUUAAACUACAACAUUUCCUUGAGGCAGUUAUGGCUAUAAGAUGUCAUUUUUGUCAUGUGUGACCUUUGACCUUGCCAUUACAGGGUAGUGACCCCAAGAUGACAGCCAAGUCCAACUGCAGGUUUGAGGUAGAGUGGGUGACGGAGUAUGCCUGCCACAGAGACUACCUGGAGAGCCACAACUGCACCCUGACCAGCAAGCAGCACAACAUCAACAUAGACCUCACCCACCUCACCCUCGGCUGUGAGUCCGCCAGCCCCACACACAGGCUUUGAGAAACAUUUGGCAAUGCAUAUUUUUUGUGUAACACUAUGAGUAAUCAUGUGACGUUUCUAAUUCUCACUGACUCAGGUUAAUUCAAUUCACAGUUGAAUCUAGUUCCUCUAACAGUGAAUGAUACGUGUUGAAAUAUAUAUAACUAAUAUCAAUGUGUCACGUUCUGUCUGUGUAGCUACAGACGUCCCCUAUAUGGCUGAGGCCAAGAGCAGCGAUGGGAAGGACAACUAUUUCUACUACCUGAAUGUGUGUGGGGAGGUCAAGGCAGGAGAGUGUGUUGACGACCAUCAGUAUGUGUCUGCCUGCCAAGUCAAAGCAACGGGAGAUCCGAGCAAAAAGAUAGCUGGGAGAUACCACAAUCAAACACUAAGGUUGUUUAAUAUAAAUACAUAUUUUCUUGCUAUUUCUCUUCAUCGCGCUCCAUCUCAGCUUAUCUCUCCUUCUCUUUGUAAUUUGUAACAUUACAAAAUGUUUUAUUUCACUCUAUUCCAGGUACUCAGAUGGCGAUCUGACUCUGAUCUAUCCAGAUGGGAGCAGGUGCAGCUCUGGCUUUCAGCGCAUGACCAUCAUCAACUUUGAGUGCAACAAAACAGCAGGUGAGCAUAACCCAUAGCAUGUCUAAGAAGAAAACAAGGCCCUUUUAAAUGAACAAUACUUUAUUCUGUAGAGGUCCCUCCCCUAAGACAGAAAUCCAUGUCUUAUCCAUCACGUUCUCAUUAUUCCUCAUUUCCUCAUUCCUCAUUUGUGUGAUUCCCAGGAAACGAUGGCAGAGGCUCGCCGGUGUUCGCUGGUGAAACAGACUGCACCUAUUACUUUGACUGGCAGUCGGCUUACGCCUGUGUCAAGGAGGUGGAGGAGGAUCUACUCUGCAGGGUCAGCCAGUAUAAACACUAUGAUCUGUCCCCCUUAACACGCUACCCUGGUAAGAGUCCUGGAUAAUCUCGAUUCAUAGAGAGAUGUUAUAUGGGCUAUAGCAGACAUAGUACUGAAACCUUGAGUUGAAGAUCAGCAUGUAUGAAUGUAAAUGCCCAGGACCUGACUUCCAAUUUUACACUUGAAGUGAAAGUGAUCCGAAAGAUGAGUAUGAGCUCUAACAUAUUUAAAUAUGGAGGUUAAACCACAUAACAUUCUGUUCGUGGUGUUAUCUGUGUCUUUCAGAGUCUGAGUCGGCCCAGAACUGGGAGGCUGUGGAUGCCAACGCACCCAAGUCAGACAGGAUGCGCUUCUACGUCAACGUGUGUCACAAAGUCCUCCAGCAGGGGGCCACCAGCACAUGCCCUGAGGACGCUGCCAUCUGCGCCGUGGGUAAGUCUGGAGAAGGUCUGGGUCUGUAUUCAUAAAGCGUCUCGGCGUUGGAGUGCUGCUCUAGGAUCAGUUUUGCCUCUUUAGAUUAUGAAAGAACAGGGGGACCUGAUCCUAGAUCAGUUCUCCUACUCAGACACUUUAUGAAUACAGCCCCUGAUGCCAAUCUAUACACAGCAUUCUAUCAAAUCUGAGAAACAAAGAUGUUUGUUGUCCUUAAAACAUUUAUCCAAUCCUAUCUUUUAGGAAAAGACAAAGUCAUCAGCUUGGGCAAAUUCCUCACCUCUCCUACAAAAAGAAAUGACAGCAACGACAUACGCCUGGUAUACACAGAAGGAGAUGAAUGCAGGAAGAACAUGAAAAUGAAGACUAUCAUGAUUCUGAAGUGCAAGCCAGGUGAGUGGGAGAUAGACUUGUAAGUUAGUCGCAGAGUUGAAGGUGAACAAUGAAUUGUCUGAAAGUGGAGCUAGCUAGCAUUCAGUCUACCUGUUCAACUCCUCCUGACUUUCUUUGUGUGUCCCCUCUUCCCCCCCCCAAAACCCCCUGUCCUCCUAUCCAGGUGACCUAGAGAGCGCCCCCAUCAUGCGGAGUGUGUCCAGUGAUGGCUGUGUGUAUGAGUUUGAGUGGUACACGGCUGCAGCCUGCGUCAUGUCCAGGACAGUGGGGGACAACUGCAAGGUGGAAGACCCCCAAGCUGGUAGGUCACUGGACCCAGAUGCCUGCCAGCAAUGGAGAUAUGCACUAUGGCUGUUUUAAUGCAUUACUAUAACUGUUUCUCUUUUGUCUUCACUCUACAGGGUUCUCAUUUGACCUGUCCCCCCUGUCUAAACCUGGAGGAGGCUUUUACAACAUGUCCAAUGGAGAUUAUGACUACUUCAUUAACGUCUGUGGCUCUGUCACUGCAGCCAAAUGCCCUCUGAAAGCAGGGGCCUGUCAGGUGGACCAGAGGCAUGUUUUAUCAUACUAAAUCCUUAUGAAUAUAGAGGAGGUGGACAUGCCCACUAACAGUAGUAGGAAAAAACGUAUAUCUGGGCUUUGUAAAUGUGCUUUAGAGUUCAGGCUAAUGUUAGAGGAGGUCUGAAUGUACUGUCUGUUUUAGGAUGUAGUAAUACUACAGCUUCUGUUCUUGUGUUUGGUGCGUCUGUCUGUUACAGUGGCUCUAACUCAUGGAGCCUGGGGGAGUUUAACUCUCAGCUGUCCUACUAUGAUGGGAUGAUCAAGCUGUCCUAUGGUAACGGCUCUCAGUACAACAACAUGCAGCACACUCUGCGCUCCACUAUGAUCUCAUUCCUCUGUGACCGAGAGGCCGGCGCCGGCAAGCCUGAGUUUCAGGUACUGACUGGGUCAUGUCAUGUCCUGCUGACAGAGCUCAUCCAAUCUCUAAUAAGUAGUUCCUCAUAUGAUUCACCUAUGCAGUGAUUCACCUGUAUAAUAAUUGACCAUGAAUAUACCACUUUCAUAACCAUAUUGAUCCUCACAGGUUGAAGACAAGUACACCUAUAACUUCAGGUGGUAUACAUCCUACGCCUGCCCAGAGAGGCCACAUGAGUGUGUGGUGACAGACCCCAACACACUGGACCAGUAUGACCUCUCCAGGUGAGACCCCUGCACAAGGAUAUGUUAUGACUAGGGCCAGGGAUUUUCCCAGAACACAAAGCUUGAUCUGGAAAAACUCCAGGUGUAGACAGUGACCACGUUUACAUGCACACUAAUAUCCCAUUAUUAUUUGGGAUACUCAAGUAUUCUGUUUUUGAGUUUACGCAAAUAAACAUCAUAUCCCGUUUACAAUAACCGGAAAAAGCUUGUAUCCUGGUUAUGAGAAACCCGGAUAAGAUGCCUGGGAUAUGCUGAUCUUAGACGGGAUACUGUGGCAUGUAAACACCUUAUCCUGUGUACUGUUGUUUUUCACAGUGCGCUUGCUCAGUUUCGCAUAUUAUGGGUGUUGUGUGAUGAUAUUUUCAUCUGAUUGUCAAACAAAUCACUUCAAAAAGUAGGCUACCUGCGCAGUUACUGUAUAUCCACCAUAAUCAUUUAUUUUGCUGAUACUCCGUACUGGACUGUGAAGCCUACUGGCUACUUUCACCCCUAAUUUAGACAUGUUUCUGCUUAUACUUUCCGACAUUUGGUAGGCCAUAUUAUAAUUUCCGACAUUUGGUAGGCCAUAUUAUAAUUUCCGACAUUUGGUAGGCCAUAUUAUAAUUUCCGACAUUUGGUAGGCCAUAUUAUAAUUUCCGACAUUUGGUAGGCCAUAUUAUAAUUUCCGACAUUUGGUAGGCCAUAUUAUAAUUUCCUACAUUUGGUAGGCCAUUUGUUUGUCAACUAUAGUUAGUUAGAUACAUGCAGCUUCUCUUCUGUCAUAACUUGUUGCCCCAGAAGACUAAAUAAAGUAGUGCUCACCAGAAUAAUGUCUUACAUUGAUAGAAUGAAUGCAUCAGUAAUCUAGUUAACACCGGAUAAGUUGUCUGUUUCGUUUAGGGACCGGGGAGAAAACACAAUAAUUCCAAAACAGUGGGAAGAUUGUUCCUGUGCAAAAUGUCCAAAUGUCAUCAGUUUGACCAGUUUUAAGGAAAUGAAAAGCUGAGAAAACGAUGAAGCACUUUUCUGAUAAGACUUCAGUUUGUUUUGGGUGCAUAUUUUAUGUGUUUGAAAUACUGUCUGCUUGCAUAACAGUGUCAAAGAUAACACGUUACAUACGCAUUCGCAUUUUCUCAAUAGAUGCUGAAAGAAAUAAAUCAUAUUUCUCCACUCCUGUUCCCUGAGACAAAAUGAACAUUCGGUGAAUCAUUUUACUGCAAGAAAUGCAUAAUUCUGCAAGAGUUAAUAUUGUAUUAGGCUACAUGUGAGAGGUUAUAGGCUUACAGUCAGUGUCCAUAUUUCAGUUAAUAUUCCAUUUAACCCAUAUGAACUUAAAUUAGGAAUAUUAUGUUUAUUCAUGAAUACAGGGAUACCGGUGAGCGGGAUUCAAAGGUGCAUGUAAAUAGCUUAUCUCGAAUAAGACCUUAAGCUGGAUAUGAGCUACUAUCCAGAAUACUGUGGGCAUGUAAACGUGGUCAAUGACUACGGCUUAGAAUUUAUACUGGUCAGGUCAUGAAAAUCUCCCAGUCCUAGUAAUGUCCAAUGAAGGCAGACAUGAAACAAUAUUUGAGGAAUAAUGUGUGUAACCCUCCUCUCUCCCAGUCUCUCCCGGUCUAGUGGAGGGAGGAACUGGCAGGCCAUGGACCUGUCUGACCCUAUCAACCUGAGGAAGUACUACAUCAACGUGUGUCGUCCUCUGAACGCCGUGCAGGGCUGUGACCGCCAGGCCUCCGUCUGCCAGAUGAAAUACCAGCCUCAGCAGGUUAGUGUCAGAAAUACAGGAUGUCCUGUAGGAUGAGUUUUACUCACUAGGAUGUGUGUUAAACACUGUUUGGGUCAUGGAACUUGCACUUCAGUUUCCUCAUAUAACCAGAUUAGUGUCUGACAAAUGGUGUUAUCUGGAAAACAGCGCAUUAAUAAACAGCAUUAAAAAGUUGACACUAUUCCCCCAAAAAAUAUUUUUUUUUUUGUUGUUUAUAUAAAUUGAAGGUAAGGUUGAUAGUAUCCCUCUUCUGGUUCUGGUAGCCAUUCACUCUGGGUCUGUCUUAGUACUGUAGCUCGACGUGACUCUGGACUUUCUCUGUGUUGUUGUCAACAGGGCAUUCUGUCUGAAACAGUUUCUGUCACUAACAUGGGCCUGGCUAAGAGCGGUCCAGCGAUCGAGGAGAAGGACCGCCUGCUGCUGGAGUACACAGACGGCUCUGAGUGCAUCUCAGACGGCCUGAAACUCACCCACACCACACGCAUCCACCUGGUCUGCUCCAGAGGAUCUGUGGUAAGUGGAAUGGCAUAUUUAUAGGGCACUGUGUCAAAAAUAAAUCUGGUUUUGUUUAAUCUUUAUGUCAUAAUGUCUGCUUAGGAUUGUAACACUGAGAUGUGCCUGUCUUUGUCUGUGUAUCUGCAGUCGUCCGGCCCUCGUUUCCUCAAUUAUGGGAACUGUACUACCAACUUCAUGUGGGAGACCGGGGCAGCUUGUGCCAUCAGUACGGCUGAUGACAAGAACAUGGUGAGCUGUUACAUUACACAUCAACUGGAAGCAUUAUAAUGUUUGUCAUGAUGUCUAACCUAACAUAGCAGGUGUAAAAGAAACGCCUGAGCGGUGCUUCUUUCUAGUCCUGACAGAAAAAUGUGUACUGUCGGGGUAGGUUCUCUUCUGUACUGUUCAACCAAUCCAGUAAAUGUGGAGGAGGAGUUAAGAUGCAAUGUCGCUUUGUUAACAUCCAAAAGCGGAAGUCACAUCACAGGCUUUCUUUCCAUUUCCCCUGAAAUGGGUGCAUGAUGUCUGUAAAGACCUUCUGUUAGAUUGGUCUCAUCAAUUAUUUUUGUUGAUGGUUCUGUCUUCUAUUCUAUGGCAGACCUGCUCUGUGAGGGAUCCCAACACUGGCUUUGAGUUCAAUCUGCUUCCUUUGGCCUCCAAGACUGGCUACAAGGCUGAAGGCAAUGGGAAAACCUUUGUGGUAAGUCACAGUCAAGCUGUCUUAGUUUUGUGUCCUCAGGCCUUCAUAGCAGAAAUUGUGAAUAAUGUGUAUUUCCCAAGGCUAGCCCAAGGCUAGCCCUUCCUGGGGUGAAUUUCUUGUCUGCUAUUGGAGUGAAAUGUACAGAAGCACAUUUUUCGUGUAGUAGAGUUGUUGGGCACUGUGCCUGACUAUAUGACACUGUCCUCCCCCCAGGUGAAUAUCUGUGGCGAGGUGGCAGAGUGUGGGAAGGACCAGGGGAAGCCUGUAGCUGGCUGUGAGCUGGACAAUGGCCAGGUUGUUAGUCCUGUGGGAGUGGAGAGAUCUCCACAGUACUCUACUGACGGCCUGCUCACACUCACAUACAAAGGAGACAUGAAGAGGACUACAGGUACAGUCGAUGGAUCCAACUAUCAUCACUCACCAACGGGCUAACACUGUGGCUAAAUUAGCAUUGCUGGAAUAUGGAAGUCUGAACUAAAUGCAUGUUUUGGACACUAAAGUGUACUAAAGUCAGGUUAUGAAUGUUUUAGUCUGAGCACUAACUUGUUUCCUCCCUCUCCCCCCCAGGCACCAGGGACACCUUCACCGUUAGUUUUGUUUGUGACCAGGACGCCCACCUCGGCACUCUGAAACUGGUCCGAGAGGAGCUCAGCUCGUCCACACUCGUCACCCAUGAUGUCCUCUUUGAGUUCUCCACAGCUCUGGCAUGCAUCCCUGCCCCUGUGGAUUGUCGGGUCACUGGUAGGAACAAAACUGUUAAUGCAGCGGUUCCCAAACUAGAGGUUGCGAAUUUCCAAAAUCCCCCAAAAAAGAAAAACAUAUAUGUUUUUUAAAGUAUCGUCUUUGUAUCUCAAAAUCAUUGUAAUGUGGAUAACCUUAAUAAAAAUAAAAAUGAUUGAAAUCUAAAAUACACAAUUCCACCAGAGAGUGCCCUUAGAUUGUGGGAAAAGGCCGCACUUGACCAUUGCGCUUGAAUCGGAACUAUUCAAGUGCAACAGUCAAGUGGGUCCUCUCGAGCUGUCAUGUGACCGAAUGCUGCAGACGACGGCUUCACGGGUCACUACGGAGGACUUUUGGUUCCUGACUCAAAGGGAAUAAUACCCUGCCGUCUCCCACAGAGCAUUACAACUCAUGGUACCCUUCGCCAGCGCAUAUCUGUGUGAAGCUGGAUUCAGCUGUUCUCUCGUCUGCAUUAAAACCAAAUAUCAAUCCAGGUUGGAUGUGACACCAGAGAUGAGGUGCGCACUGUUGACCAUAGCUCCUGACUUUGAGAAGCUCUGACGCGACAUGCAUCAAGCACACCCAUCUCAUUAGUGGUGGUGAGAUAAUGGUGCUUUCAAGACAACUGGGAACUCUAGAAAAAAAACUAGGUCAAAUCAUGACAUCAUUGAUCUACAGGUCGGAAAGUCGGAGCUUUAGAAAGAGGCCCGAGUUCCCGACUUCCGAGUUGGAUGACUGUUCAAAACGAUAUUUCCCAGUCGGAGCUUGUUUUUUCCGAGUUCUCUUGAACGCUCAAAAGUCUGAGAUUUCAGAGUUCCCAGUUGUUUUGAACACGGCAUUAGACAUUUCAGACUAAUUUGCAAUAGACUGUCAUAGCCCCACAUUAAAUGUACUGUAUGCGAGUUGAGAACACAAUCAGAAUUACUGUUAGAAUGUUUUGCUAUUGACUGCCAUAGCCCCAAAUAAAAAAGUUAACAUUGGCUGUUAAUUAAAUACUUUUUUCACAUGAUUGGGGUCACGAUAUAGAUGUCUUCAGUAUGGCUCUAACGUGGCGUAUAUCACUUUAUCAAACUGGUCAUAGAAAUGGGUCUUCUCAUUAAUUGAAAGAUAUUGUUCAGCUUCUCAUCCUGGAUUCACAGAGUGAUUGUUUGUCCUACUCUUUCAGAUUCCCAUGGUAACGAGUAUGACCUGAGUCACCUGAGCAGGGACAGUGAAGACAGUCCCUGGGUGGCCAUCGACACUUCUGAGCAGGCCAAGAAACGCAGUUUCUUCAUCAACGUGUGUAAACCUCUGCCUCCAGUCCAGGGAUGCCCCGGUGAGUCGCAUGCAAUUAGCCUAUGUGAAGGCCAGGCAAUGAGUCAUUGCUUGGCCUUUAUGAGGAUUAAAAGGGUGCUGUUCCAGGCCUCCCGAGUGGCGCAGCGGUCUAAGGCGCUGCAUCGCAGUGCUUGAGGCGUCACUACAGACCCGGGUUCGAUCCCGGGCUGUGUCGUAGCCGGCCGCGACCGGGAGACCCAUGAGGUGGACCACAAUUGGCCCAGCGUUGUCCAGGUUAGGGGAGGGUUUGGCCGGCCGGGAUGUCCUUGUCCCAUCGCGCUCUAGCGACUCCUGUGGCGGGCCGGGCGCAUGCACGCUGACAUGGUCGCCAGUUAUACAGUGUUUCCUCCGACACAUUGGUGUGGCUGGCUUCCGGGUUAAGCGAGCAGUGUGUCAAGAAGCAGUGCGGCUUGGCAGGGUCGUGUUUCGGAGGACGCAUGGCUUUCGACCUUCACCUCUCCCGAGUCCGUACGGGAGUUGCGAGGAUGGGACAAGACUAACUACCAAUUGGAUAUCAUGAAAUUGGGGGGGGAAAGGUAGAAAGUAAAAUAAAAUAUUUUUUAAAAGGGUGCUGUUCCGUCAGUCAAUCAGUAUUAAUCGAUGUUCAGCUUUUGCGUUUGACUACAUGCAUGUGUUUCAGUCAGACUGUAUACAGUAUGAGUGUCUGUCUUUUUAUACGUUUGUACCACAAAGGAGUCGAUUAGUUUCUCUCUCUGUGUGAGGUACUGUCAAUGUUAAUGGCAUUCUUUGCUAAUUGUCCACCUCCAUCUGCAGCUGGUCUCCUGGGUGCGUGUGGCACCAUGGAGGGUAAAGGUGUAAACCUGGGCUACGUCCAGUCCAGCCCACAGGUGGCCUCUGACGGCUCCAUCAGCAUUGUCUACCUCAACGGGGACCGCUGUGACAAAGGCCACCACUCCACACGUAUCAUCUUCCAUUGUGACGACAACCCUGUGAGUAACAUACACUUGCAGCUUGCUCUGUAUGGGAAUGCUCUUCCAUGUUAUGUUGUGGCAAGAAUCUGUAUGAAAUGUUACUUAUUGAUGUUACUGAUCCCAUUUACCAUAUAUUUUCCCUCCUAAUACCUAUAUUUUUCUUGUUUGGUUCCUUUACUAACAGGGAUCUCCUGUAUUUGACCUUCAAGACGGCUGUGAAUAUGUGUUCGUCUGGAGAACCUCCGAGGCGUGUCCUCUCACCAGUGCUCAGGGUAGGUUUGGGAGGAGGAGGCUGCCAUGUUUAGUGUCGUGGCUCUGGCUAAGACUGAUACUUCUCUCCACCGGUGUCAUCAUCGUGCUCAAGGUAACUCUCCUCUCCCUGACUCCUGCAGGUGAAAACUGUAAAGUCAAGGAUCCCAGAAGUGGCUACAUGUUUGACAUGAGCUCCCUGUCAGGGAAGGACUACAUGGUGAAGAGUGGCCAGUACCAGUACCACUUCUCUGUCUGCGGGGGGCUUCAGAGCGGGAUCUGCACACACAAAGACCCAGGAAGUGACCAGGUGUCAGCCUGUCAGGUGAAAGGCAGUACCCACAGAAUCGCUGGUAUGUAAAUCUGUCCAAAAAUAACUUGAGUUGGUUCAACUUCUUUAUAAAGCUUUGAUGAAACCUCAGACAAACAGCUUGUUGAUUAUUCAUCAAAGGGAUGGCCUCACAGACGCUGAGCUAUGUUGGAGAUCAGUUCAUCCUCAACUACACUGGUGGGGAGACAUGCCACAAGAUCUACCAGAGAUCCACAGAGAUUUACUUCUCCUGUCAUCCUAAAAUGAACCCUGUGAGUCUGAGUGAAGCUAAAGAGCAAACGUGUAAUAUAACAUCUAUGCUCGUCACAAAGUGUUUGUGAAUGUGGAAGUUACAGGGUUGUUGUGUUGUUUCUGCCUGUAGGGGGUGCCAGAGUUCAUCAAGGAGACUGCAGAGUGCACCUACCUUUUUACUUGGCGUACUGCUCUCGCCUGUAUCCCAGUCAAGACUACCAGCUGCUCCUACCAGUACGGAUAGUCCUAUUCUAUUCUAUUCUAUUCUAUUCUGGGAGCUGUCUUCCCAACACAACCUCCUCUUCCUCCCAGACAAUGACAAGUUUCCCCUUUGUCAGUUAUUUCUGACUGACUGUUCGGUAUUUUCCCCCCCACAGAGAUUCUAAUGGCAACUCGUACGACCUCUCCUCUCUGGCCCUGGACUCCAGAAACUGGGUGGUGGAGCCCACCACUGGGAAGCAGGAGCGUUACUACAUCAACGUCUGCAAGUCUCUGGUGCAACAGGGGGGUAAGUGCCUAUCCCCAACACCAGCAUCCUUUAUAUGAAGGACACUGGUGGUUCCUGUGUAGUUUUAAUUUCCCAAUUUGUGUGAACAAACAUCAAAAUUCUCGUAAAGUCUUCAGUCACAGUUUGAAUGUGGUGCAAUUAUAAUCCACGCUUGAACCAUGGGAUACAUAUUUAUUUCCUCUCCUCAUGUUGUAGGCUCCUGGAAGUGUCCGUCCAACGCAGCUUCCUGUCUGAAGAGUGGGGAGCAGUAUGUGAGUCUAGGAGAGGCCGAGUCGGCGCCACGGUGGGACCAGAACAUCCUGGUACUCAAGUACACCAACGGAGAGAUUUGUCCCGGUGGACAGAGGAAGAAGAGUACCAUCGUACGCUUCAAAUGUGACCGGGACAAAGUGGUAAGGGAUCAUAGACAUCACACAUACACACGUAACACAGGCUGAGUAGACUGAACAUGUUUCUCCUGUCCCUGCUCCAGGACUCAAGGCCUACACUGAUAACGGCCAUAGAGGACUGUGUCUACACCUUUGUGUGGUUCACUGCAGCUGCCUGCCCCCUCAACAGCAGUCAGCACGGAGACUGCAGAGUCACCAAUCCAGUCACGGGUGAGUCCCACUCCAACACUGAAAACUGAAAGGAGUUUGCCUGCACUAGGCCAUAUUACAAUUCUGAGAAAGUAUUUGCAUUGAGUAUGAUUAACAUGGAAAAAUACCAUCAUUCUCAUAGGAUCUCAGUGCAACUCCUCCAUGUGCUAUUGUUUUGUUUUGACAUGUGUCUGCACUAUGCUGCCCUCCUGAACCCAGGCCACCUCUUUGACCUGAACGGACUAAGCCAAGAGGGAGGAUACACUGUGUACGACAACCUGGACCCUAAGAAGAUGUUCCGGCUCAAUGUGUGUACGGAAGUAGCCAACGCAGGCUGUGGACCAGACACAGGUACAACCAUGUUAUAUCUCACAAGCUCUGGUUUGGCUGGGAAAGCUCUGCCCGGUACUGGUCAAAACCAGAUCCCAACAGGAAUCAGUCAACAGUCCUGCCAGCAGUGAUCAGCUCACUGAGUCAUGGAUCAGAUAGGAUUCACAAAGGUGGUUUACAGUGAGGGAAACAAGUAUUUGAUCCCCUGCUGAUUUUGUACGUUUGCCCACUGACAAAGAAAUGAUCAGUCUAUAAUUUUAAUGGUAGGUUUAUUUGAACAGUGAGAGACAGAAUAACAACAAAAAAUCCAGAAAAACGCAUGUAAAAAAUGUUAUACAUUUAUUUGGAUUUUAAUGAGGGAAAUAAGUAUUUGACCCCCUCUCAAUCAGAAAGAUGUCUGGCUCCCAGGUGUCUUUUAUGCAGGUAACGAGCUGAGAUUAGGAGCACACUCUUAAAGGAGUGCUCCUAAUCUCAGUUUGUUACCUGUAUAAAAGACACCUGUCCACAGAAGCAAUCAAUUAAUCAGAUUCCAAACUCUCCACCAUGGCCAAGACCAAAGAGCUCUCCAAGGAUGUCAGGGACAAGAUUGUAGACCUACACAAGGCUGGAAUGGGCUACAAGACCAUCACCAAGCAGCUUGGUGAGAAGGUGACAACAGUUGGUGCGAUUAUUUGCAAAUGGAAGAAACACAAAAUAACUGUCAAUCUCCCUCGGCCUGGGGCUCCAUGCAAGAUCUCACCUCGUGGAGUUGCAAUGAUCAUGAAAACGGUGAGGAAUCAGCCCAGAACUACACGGGAGGAUCUUGUCAAUGAUCUCAAGGCAGCUGGGACCAUAGUCACCAAGAAAACAAUUUGUAACACACUACGCCGUGAAGGACUGAAAUCCUGCAGCGCCCGCAAGGUCCCCUUGCUCAAGAAAGCACAUAUACAGGCCCGUCUGAAGUUUGCCAAUGAACAUCUGAAUGAUUCAGAGGAGAACUGGGUGAAAGUGUUGUGGUCAGAUGAGACCAAAAUCGAGCUCUUUGGCAUCAACUCAACUCGCCGUGAUUGGAGGAGGAGGAAUGCUGCCUAUGACCCCAAGAACACCAUCCCCACCGAGGUGGAAACAUUAUGCUUUGAGGGUGUUUUUCUGCUAAGGGGACAGGACAACUUCAAUGCAUCAAAGGGACGAUGGGCGGGGCCAUGUACCGUCAAAUCUUUGGUGAGAACCUCCUUCCCUCAGCCAGGGCAUUGAAAAAUGGGUCGUGGAUGGGUAUUGCUAGUGGCCUAGCCAGUCUCCAGACCUUAAUCCCAUAGAAAAUCUGUGGAGGGAGCUGAAGGUUCGAGUUGCCAAACAUCAGCCUCGAAACCUUAAUGACUUGGAGAAAAUCUGCAAAGAGGAGUGGAACAAAAUCCCUCCUGAGAUGUGUGCAAACCUGGUGGCCAACUACAAGAAACGUCUGACCUCUGUGAUUGCCAACAAGGGUUCUGCCACCAAGUACUAAGUCAUGUUUUGCAGAGGUGUCAAAUACUUAUUUCCCUCAAUAAAAUGCAAAUCAAUUUAUAACAUUUUUGACAUGCGUUUUUCUGGAUUUUGUUGUUGUUAUUCUGUCUCUCACUGUUCAAAUAAACCUACCAUUAAAAUUAUAGACUGAUCAUGUCUUUGUCAGUGGGCAAACGUACAAAAUCAGCAGGGGAUCAAAUCCUUUUUUCCAUCACUGUAUGCAGCUGGGUUAUGUAAUGGUCUCUGGCUCUGUGUAACAUGUCGUCCUUAUUGUCUUGAAGACUGUCACCAGUCAGUCACUUAUGGUCGUUUUGAUGUGUGAAGGUGCAGGUGUGUGUAUCAAGGGGACCAAGAGUGCUCUGAGUGGCGGGCGGGCCAGCAGGAAGCUGUCAUACCUGGACCAAGUGGUGGAACUGACCUAUGAGGGUGGGGCUGUGUGUGCCGCCAACCCCGCCCUCACACACAAGAGCAUCAUCAGCUUUGUGUGCAAGGCCCAUGGUGAGGCCAGCACGGGGCCGGUACUGGUGGACUCAGACAAGAACACCUGCACACACUUCUUCUCCUGGCACACAGCCUUGGUGUGCCAACACCAGGUAAUGACCAGUGGCGUUUCCCAAUUCCAAAACAACCCGUAGCCUCCUACCCCUUUGACUUAGUAGAUCUGAAGGGUUGGAUAGAUGUAAGCAUUAUGGCAAUUUGCCUUUUGAUAGGUGGAAUUUCUUCAAUAGUGCUUACCAGUCAUGCCAUACAGAUCAGGCAACCAAUGAGCCCUUGAUGUAAAGUCAUUUCAAACAAGUCAGUGUGCUGCUUGAUAAAGUAGCAGUGUGGUAGAGAUCAGAUGUCAACAGAGGCCCAUCUACUGAUUACUGAGGCUAACUGACUGUCUGUGUUGACUAGCUAAACUAAGUCGUUUGUGUGCUAUUGACUGUACUGUUAGUUACCACUAUGAGGUGGAAGGAAAAAGGGUUUAUUAAUACAUCAUGUUUCGUCUGCUGAAUGGUAGACCUUUAUGGAUUAUCUGUAUGUUCAGUUUAACCUCAACUGACAUAUAGAGGUGUAAAAAUCUUAACAGCUAUCAAUUUUGUAUUAGAAUUGUUUUGCUGUAAUAGGUGUAUUAUAUUUGUACAUUUUGCAAUAGGGACUUUAAUAUGUAAAUUCACUUUGCUGCCUGAUGUAUGCCUUUUGUCUUUGCUAGCCCCCUCGUCUGUCUCACUUUCAUGAUGUGUUCCGUAGAUGAAGUGUUCAGUCCUGAACGGCUCUAGCCUAAUCGACCUGACCCCACUGAUCCACGUGACGGGCUACUACACAGCCAUCAACCAGGACCUGGUGGACAAGGACCAGUCUCCUGACUUCUAUGUCAACAUCUGCCAGCCCCUAAACCCCAUCCCUGGGGUCACAUGUCCCCCAGGGGCCGCUGUCUGCAUGGACCCUGAACAAGGGCCCCCCGUAGUGAGUCACAAACACAGAAACGCAUGCACACACACACACACACACACACACACACACACACACACACACACAGCAGAAAUGAAGACUAUUCAAUAGUAUUACCUCUGUGUUUACAAACCAACAUGUUCAAUGAUUUCUCUCCCUGUGUCUCUCUCUUGCUAACAGGACAUUGGUCGAAUCACCUCCGGUCCGGAGUUUAACAGCGUGACCAAUGAGGUGUCAAUCACCUUCAACAGCACCACCGCCUGCCCCUCUGACCCCACCCAGAACUACACCUCCACCAUCCUGUUCACCUGCCAGAGGGGCCUGGAGCUGGUCAGUACCACACCAGUGGAAGAGAUGACGUGUCUGUAUAUUAGAGACCUCUUAUUGGCUUGUUUUCUCACUGAUGUCUCUUGUGUUGAAAGAUGGCAGAGUUCAGAAAUGGAAGUAAUUUCUUUGAAAAUGAGGUUUGGUGUCUUGGAAAGCUUGUGCAUGUUUAGCCUUUGCGGUAUUAAAGCCUCUCUCCUGUCCCCCCAGGGCUCGCCCCAGAUGAUCAGAAAGCACAACUGUAUGUAUGUGUUUGAGUGGGCCACUCCCGUGGUCUGUCCUGACGCCACGCAGACCAGAGGCUGCAACCUGACAGACUCACAGCUGCAGUUCACCUUUGACCUCUCACCCCUCUCUGGGGAGAUUCAGGUGGGUUGACCUUUUAUAUGUGACCUCUUUACCCUCAACAUAUCUACAUAUUAUGUUAUACUUAGCUAUACGUGUUAUCUAUGCAUUAACACAUCUAUUCAGUGGACAGGGCUUUCUUUCUAAAAGUAGGCAUUAUUGUUUUUCAUGACCCAUUGUCUUUCUCUGCCAGGUGCCUGUUGGCUCAGAGACCUAUAAGAUCAAUGUGUGUGGGGUGGUGGCAGACCCCAGCUGUAAGAACAGUGCAGUGUGUGUGCAGUCGCCAGGCGGAUCAGUGUUCUCCUAUGGCAUCAGUCAGGCCAUGACUAUGGACUACAAACACGAGGAGCAAGCUGUCUUCAUGCAGUAUGGAGGAGGAGACAUCUGCCCUCCAGGUUAGACAUGCUAUCCUCAGUCCCACACCCUGGUGUCUAUGGGCAAGUCAAAUGACAACCUCUAUACCACACAUUGUUUGACCAGUGUCCAAUGUAGCAGUGGGUUAUAGGGAAUAGGGUGUCACAUAAGAGGCAGCCUAUGAUGCUUUGAUGAAGUUGUUGUGGUGCUGUAUCCCAAAGUGAAGCUCAUUUGGGCCUUAUGGUUUCCAUUUCUCCAUUUCAGUGACUGAGAAUGAGGAGGUGUGCGUGUUUCCCUUCAACUUCCUGAAGAAGUCGUAUACACUGUGUACAACCGAGGGCAGGAUGGAUGGGAGACUCUGGUGUGCCACCACCAAUGACUUUGACAAGGACAAGAAAUGGGGAUUCUGCGCUCACGGUAAUGACUGGUCAAAGCAAUGAAGGGGCCGUCUUAUUUUGAGUGUGUGUUUCCUUGAGGUUCUGGGCUUAGCUCUGCUGUGUGUGUCAUGUCUCUCAGUGACGGGGAAGAGGCAGUCAUCCAUCCUGUUCACCUGUGACCAGUCGGCCGGCCAUGGUACCCCACAGCUGCUGAGUGAGACAGGGGGCUGCGCUGCCACCUUCCAAUGGAAAACCAAGGCUGUGUGCCCGCCUAAGAAGAUGGAGUGUAAGCUGGUGAACCAGCACCAGACCUACAACCUGCGCACCCUCUCCUCUCUCACCGAGCCCUGGAAGUUCAGCCACAACAAAACAGCGUAUGUUUAACUUUUCCCUACUCCUCUCUCUCUAUCUCUCUGUCUGUACCACUUGAUGAAGACUGAACAUGCACAGUAGUGGUUAGAUGCUAGAAAACAUUUCAACUCUAGGUUGUCUCUGCUGUCUCCAGGUACUACAUCAACCUGUGCCAGGGGAUCCAUGGGGGCCUGCUAGACUGCCCUGAGGGAGCCACAGUGUGCCGGAGGACCAGCGAGGGGAAGACCCAGACCCUGGGUCUUAUCUACACCCAGAAGAUGGCCGUCUCUGGUGGGUUUUACAGACUGACUUACUGACACUUACUUAUUUCAAGAUGUCAUGUUUGUGUAAUGAACUGAAACUUCUUACGUUCUUCUUAGGUUUGUGUGUUUGUUAAGGAACCCAGUAAUAUUAGUCCUGGUAGACUUAUCUCCUUUAAGGAACCCAGUAAUAUUAGUCCUGGUAGACUUAUCCCCUUUAAGGAACCCAGUAAUAUUAGUCCUGGUAGACUUAUCCCCUUUAAGGAACCCAGUAAUAUUAGUCCUGGUAGAUGUAUCCCCUUUAAGGAACCCAGUAAUAUUAGUCCUGGUAGACUUAUCCCCUUUAAGGAACCCAGUAAUAUUAGUCCUGGUAGACGUAUCCCCUUUAACCAUCCCUCCUUUUCCCAGAUAAGAAGAUCCUAGUGAGCUAUGCUAUGGGAGACACUGUGUGUGGCAACAGCCUCCAGGCCAAGACAGUUGUCCAGCUGACAUGUGGUCCUAAUAUAGGCCAUCCCAAGCUGCUGAGGUGAGUGGGCUGUGAGUAGUUAGCCUGGGAGAGCUUCCUUUCCUGUAGCCCGGUCCCAGAUCUCUUUGUGACAUAUAACCAACUUGUGUUGUUGUUGGCUAUACAGCACAAACAGAUCUGGGACCAGGUUACCUCUCCUACAGGGAAAAGCCAACUGGCCCUCAGUCAGCAAAAAUAUUUGGCCUUGUGGGCAAAACAAACCUGUAUCCAACUCAGCAACACUAGGAAAAGUUACUGAAUGUUCAAGUUGAAGAGGCACUUCUAACCUCCUUCAUAGUUGAAAAUUGACCACUUAAACGUCAGUUUCAAGUCUUGAACGUCAUUUAUUUUUUUAGUUAAACUUUUUCAUCGCUCACGGUUUAAUUUGUAAUUCCUUGAAGGAUGCUUGUUAACUCUCACUACCACACACACAUACUGUACACACACAAACGCACACACACACACACACACACUCAGUGACUCUGUUUCUUUCUGCGUAGCGUGGAUGAAGCCUCGUGUGAAUUCGUGCUGGGCUGGGAGACGCGUGCGGCAUGCGCUGUUCAACAACGUGAGGUGGUGAUGGUCAAUGGAACCAUCAAAGUCCCCAAUACAGGGGCCAACUUCAGCCUGGGGGCCCUCUACCACAGGUGACACCUCUCACCACCAACACAGUUCAAUCAACCAACUUUUAUUGUCACAACAACCCAGGCCAUGUAUCAUCUUCACCCUACAGAUCCACUAAUGAGGAUAUUGACAUACAGUAACCAGUAAACAUCAUAAUAUAAUAUAAUAUAAUAUGCAAUUUAGCAGACGCUUUUAUCCAAAGCGACUUAGUCAUGUGUGCAUACAUUUUUACGUAUGGGUGGUCCCGGGGAUCGAACCCACUACCCUGGCGUUACAAGCGCCAUGCUCUACCAAUUGAGCUACAGAGGACCACAACACCCAGAGUUAAACCAUUAACUCUGACCAUCUUGUUGAAACCUGUUAUGAGUCAAGUUCAUUUGCUGAGCCAAAAACAUGUUAUCUUCAGGUCAUUGAGGUUAUAAAUUGUAAACUCAAGUUGGGAGUGCCUGUGACUGGUCAUGGAUUCACAUCAGGAUUUCCUAAACCCAGACAGAGCGAGAUCACAGGUCAAAGCCUCUUAUAUCAGAUAGAGUCAAAUAUUGCUCCGAACUGCAUGAAUGCCUAUCACAACAACAGUGGGCCUCUGACACAUUUUAACCUCUCUACAGUUGCAGCAGGCAACAUAAAACAAACAUUUAUAAAUGUACUAGAGGGAAGAUAAAAUAAGCCUUUUAUGAAUGUACUCAGACCAGGGUUUUUGUCCCCCUGUCCCCUCUGUAGGCUCCACCAGGCCUCUGGGGACAUCCGCGCCAAUGGGGACAAGUACAUCUAUGACAUUCAGCUGUCAGGCAUCACCAACAGCUCCUUCUCCAAGUGUCUGGGGGCCAACAUUUGCCAGGUGAAGAUCAAUGACAACUACAGGAGGAAGAUCGGAUCCUCCAGCAAGGCCAAGUACUACAUCAAAGGUAAGACACGUGGGCCAGACACAGGUUUACUCCAAAGUGGUAUGGGGCUUUGGGUAAUAAAGUGUGAGUGGGUUUGGGGAGUAGUUUUGAACAUCCUCAGUGUCUCACCUUGCACUUAUUAAAGAUUUAAAUGGAUUUCAACACAAGAUACAGUACUUGGCAAUCAAGUAAUGAUACUUACAUUGACAUCAAUGACUUAACGAGCUCACUCCAUUAAGCUGCUUGUGAUUGAUGGAUGGACUCUCUCUACUCAGAUGGUAACCUGGAUGUGCUGGUCCCAUCUGAGUCUGUGUGUGGGCGGGACAACUCCACGACAGUGUCGUCGACCAUCUUGUUCCAAUGUAACCCCUCAGCCGGGGAGGGCAUCCCAGAGUUCCUGUUGGAGACGGAUGGAUGCCAGUACCUCUUUACCUGGCACACCGCCACUGUCUGUGGCCUAGUGUGAGUCAACAACUCUUUACACACGGACGUCAGGGUGGUGUUCAGUCUCGAAACAGGAGAAAGUGCUUUGAAACAGAGGAAGUACUACCCGAAGUUGUCCUAUAAAAAUGCUACGAGGUGUAAAGUAAAGAGGUGUGACAUUUUGUCUGGUGUGCCAUACAGAACCUCAGAGUCCAAGCAGACUAAUGAUGACGGAGGAGAGGACAGUAUGGGCUUGUCUGGGAGGAGACGGGCGGUCCUGAGCAUGCUAUUGUUUGUGCUGACCAUCUGUUUGCUGGUUCUGCUACUGCACAAACAAGAGCGGAGGUAAGAGAUACCUACUAUUCUUUUACUCCCCACAGCUUUGUACUGUUAUUAAAUAAUCUAUAUAGAAAUAGCUCCCCUAUAAUCUUUUCCUAAGUCUCCUUUUUCUAUUUCCAGGGAGCUGGUGAUGCAGAAAGUUACUGGAUGUUGUAGGAGAGGAAAUCCUGUCUCUUAUAAAUACUCCAAGGUAUGCAUGUUAAUAAAUACUAUAGUACACCGAUCAAACCAACAUAGCUAUGCUACCAUAGAUAUAGAAACCUGAUGUAUGGUCUAUGGGAGCUGCACUAGGUGCACUGGAAGCUAACUUUUUGCCGGCGUGAGCAGAGCAUGAGCCACUUUAUCCUAUUGUUCUCAGGCAGGCCUGAGCUGCACGUCGAAAUCUUCAAAAUGUAAGUUAGAGCCGUGCGAGCCUCUUGAUAAGCCGGCGCAUGCUCUGCAAACGUUACACAUCCGGUAACGCUCCUAUAUUAAAGACAACAUCAAAUCCUAGUAUGCUAUAGAUUCUCUUUCAAUUCGAUGUUUAUUAUUUCACAGCCAUUGAUUCCAUGUCAAUGUAGGUGUUGUUGUGGUAAGUGCCCAGUGUUAAAUCUCACCUCUGUCUUGUCUGUCCCUGCAGGUGAACAUGGAUGAUGAGGGAGGGGAGGAUGAGAUGGAGUGGCUGAUGGAGGAGAUUGAGGCCCCAGCCAUGUCCUCUCGCCUGGGGAAGGUGCGCCAGGAGAACGGCCACAUCACCACCAAGGCCGUCAACGCCGACGCCCUACGCUCCUUUUCCCUGGAAGAGCAGGAGGACAGCGAGGAGGAGGUCCUGUCCGUCCCCGGGGUUCGCGUCCUCGGUGGCCGGACCACCCUGCGGCCUUCAGGAUCCAGGACCCGCUCCUCGGGGCCCCUCCGCAGCGCCCUGCUGGAGGAGGAGAGUGACGAGGACCUGGUAGGGCUCCUGGAGGACAGGAGGGGUAGGGCCAAGCCUCGCCGUGACAACAGACCCCCCCACAGGAAACAACAAAACCCCCAGGAUGACAGCGAUGAGGACCUGCUGACAGUGUGAGGGACUCCUCAUCUCUCUCUCUCUCUGAAUGUCUCUCUCUCUGAAUGUCUCUCUCUCUCUCUGAAUGUCUCUCUCUCUCUCUGAAUGUCUCCACACAACGCAAGAAAGCAGAAACCCCUUAGAGGCUUUUUGUUUUUUUAUCUAAAGGGAACGAUGCAGAAUGUCUGUUGGCUGUUUUACAGUAUUAAAGAGCAGAUAUGUUUUUGUCCCCUCUUCGAAAGAAAGUUGAUGCCUUCCUGAUGACAAAUGGUGUUUUCAUCAAUGAAUUGUUUUUGGACUAUUUGAUUUAAUUAAUGUACAUAGGUAAUGCUAGACAGUGCCUUCAGAAAGUAUUCAUGCGCCUUGACUUAUUACACAUUUUGUUGUUACAGCCUGAAUUCAACAUUUAUUUAAAAAAAAAAAAUUCUCACCCAUCUACACACAAUACCCCAUAAUGAUAAAGUGAAAACAUGUUUAUAGAAAUGUUAAAUAAUGAAAUACAUCAUUGGACAGGAAAGUGUGCAGCGCUUUAUAAGAC